AAAAUUAUGCGGAGUGAAAAAAAUGAAAAUAAAAUAGAGUUUCUCCUUAUUCAUUUUAUAAAUAAUGUUAGAGGAAUUGCUUCAAGAAUCAGGGUGUCAAGUUGAUCCCUCCACAGUUGUUUUCGUUAUUGAACCUGUUUUAUUUCGUAGAAAACUUGAAAUCAAAUUACGUAGUCAGCCUAACCUACUUGAUGAAUUUCUUGAAGAUUUACAAGUUUAUACACAAGAUCCUUUAGAUUUUCGAAAAUUUUUAUUACCUUCUAGACUUGCAGAUAGUGUUCCAAGAACGCAUCGUAAUCAUACUUCAAGUACAGAAAGUUUAUUUAAAACACUAUUAGCCAUUGAUUCACUUCAGCCUGAACUAAUUACAUAUUUACUUGAAAGACUUCCUGAAUUUUAUGAUGAAUUAGAAAAUAAUAAUAAUUCUAGUUCUUGCACAGCACGCUUAAUUCUACAUCAAUUACGUUGGCUAGACUAUAUUGCUCAACCUGAGGAAUUAACUGGAAAAUUAAUAGAAAUAAUUCAAAUCACACCAACUGUUAUUCAACAUGAAAUUAUUACUUCACUACCAGAUAUUAUAAACGAUUCAGAACAUAAGCCUAUUGUUAUUUUUUUAAAAGAAUUAAUGAAUGAUAACCCAGAGUUGACAGUGUCUGUUCUUGAUGCCUUGUCCAACCUAACACUUCAUUCAGAAAGCUUAGAUGAUGUUCGAGAAACAAUUUUAGAUCAACUAGAAUCUGCUGAAUUAGAUGAUUUAGCUGUCAUAAUCAAAUUUAUGCUUCAGACCGUGACACCAAAUACAGUGGAUACGAUUAUUUAUGGUAUUCGACAAAAGCUAGAUUUUAGAUCGUUGAGUAAAAUUCAUCCAUCAACUCAAAGAGCAACAAAGCAUGCGCCAGAAGCUUUUAUUUUAGAAUCCAUUAAAUUAGGAUUACAGUUUCAUAAAUUUGUUUGUGAUGCUUGGUUCAAAUCUAUUGUCGCUCUAGAAUCCCAGCGUGAACAUAAGGUGAUUGAUAUGCUAGUUUUAAUUAUAUUAUACUCAAUGACGUCCAUAAAAAAGAAAGUGGAAGGUGUUAUUAGAAAGAAAAUAAUAAAAGGACAUAUUACUGCUUCACUUAUCCAAGAAACAAUUAUGUACCAUUCAGAUGGCCUUGCAGGAUAUUGGAAUACCAUAUUAUCAUUAUCAGAAAGCUUAUUGCGUUCUUGUCAGCAGUUUAAUGUAAUAUCGCCUUGUGCAAGUACUUUGUAUACGAGUUCAUUUAAAUCUACGGAUGCAUAUUUUAGACAGGAAAUAAUCGGCGCACUUGUUACACAUAUUGGUAGUGGUAUAGAAGUAGAAAUGAACAUAGCUUUAGAAGUGUUAUUACAAUUAGUUAAAACAGACGUAUGCAGUGUCAUUGUUUACAAUGUGUUUAUAAAAGGAAUUUUGGAUUAUUUGGAUAAUUUAAGUAUAUAUCAAAUUCGUACAUUAUUUGAUAUUUUUAGUCUUCUUGCAUUAACUACAAGAAAUCCAGGAGAUGGGUCAGCUAAUCUUUGGACCGAAAUUCAAACCAUUAUUCGUAAGCAACUUUCAAGUCCUAGAGAAAAAUAUAAAAAUAUUGGUAUUAUUGCAUGUUUAUCAGCUGUCAAAGUACUUGGAUCGAAAGAGUUAUGCAACAAUAGUUGUAGUAUUCAGAACAAUCAAGUAGGAGGAUCAUCAAGCUCACAAAUGUCUUUAGCACUUAACAUAACUGAUGCUACACUUCGACACCCUCUUUUGACACAGGCAACUCAAAUUUUAGAAUUAGCCUUGAGAUAUUCAAAAGAGUAUCCAAAUUGUAUUGCUCUCAUUUAUGAUGAGUUAGCACAUAUGUUUAGUAGAGAAGAGAAGGGAGCACAUAUGGAUGAAAGAUUAGAAUGGUGGGUAAAAGAGAAUAUGGCAUCUGAUUUUACAGAGUUCUACGUAGUAGCCAUAGCGGAUGCUCUUGAGUUUAUUGAAGAAGCACAGAAGAAUCACUAUUUAAAAUUAGAGCCUGCACGUCAAAUGAAUUUAGAUGGUGAAGGAGAACAAAUAGCUAUCAAGAUGUAUGAAUUAAUCUACAACCCAGAUUUAAAAAAGAAAAAGGCAAUGGUAGUUCCCAUGUGUUCCAUCUUCAAUUUAAUUCAAAGUUGUGAAAAGCAAUUAAAUAAUGGAAGCCUUGUAGAAAUAGAUGCUUUAUUUGGUUGUAGUAUAAUUAUGUUUAAUCCUGAGAAUUUAAAUGACUUGUCAACAAAUGAAAUUGAAUAUGCUUGUGAUAUGUUAUUUUAUACAAUGAAUUGGUUUAGAGAACUAUUAAAUGCAUUCAUGUUUACAAAAGAAGAAAAUUACAGAGUAAGAAUAAUUUCCCGUUUAAGAAGUAUUCUCAAAAUGGAAACAUUAUUGAACCAAUUAAUGGAACAAGUACCCAACUAUGCGCCCUUAGAAUUCCAUAACGUAUCACCGACAAAUUUGGAUGAACAUAGCAAUCAAAUUAUAUCCGCAGGAGUAGGAGAAGGAGAAGAUAGUAUGAAUACCAAGUCAAUUAAAAAAGAAAAAGCCCAUACGAUCAGAUUUGGAACUGUGAAUGAAAUCAAGCCUUAUAUGAGAGCAUUCUGUAUUCAUAUUUUAGAAAUAUUCAAGUAUAACGAAGAAUUAGAGGAUGAAAAUGAAAAAAUGACAUUUGAAGAAAUCAAUUAUAUUUUGGAAGACCUUAAUCAGAAAAUAGAUAUCAAGAUUACCUAUACAUCUUCUUCUGUUAAUCAUCAUUUUGGAAAAAAACCAGUCAAUCUAAUUGACGAAAAAUAUCCUUCUUGUAACUCAAUUAUGUUGGGUAGAAUUGAGUCUCAAACAUUUAUGAAAAAGGUUGUUCUUUAUUUGCCAUCUAUUUUACAAACACUGGAAAAUCUUUAUGCUGAGUUACAAGCAAAGGAUAUUGAACCAGGGCGUAUUCAUGGAUCAGAGGAACUCGUUCAAGCUGUCUCACAUAUAUUCAACAUUUUAUAUAAACUAUUAUGUUGGAAUGAACUUCAAAAUUCAGAUAAUAAUGACAUCUUGAAAGAAUUCGUACAUAUUCUCGCUAAUCGUGUAUCUGAUCAUGAUACUAUCAAUGAUUGUCAAAUAGCAUUCAAAGCUGAAUUAAUGGAAGCAUUUCGAUAUUUAUCAAAUUAUGGUGAUGGAAUACCUCAAGCAACAAUGUCAGUUUUAUUAUUUAAAAUCUUACAACGUUUAAUGUCCUUUUCUGAUGAAGAAGGAAUUGAAAAUUUAAAACAAGAUGCAUUAAAAGUAGUUGAGCAAAUCAUUACAACACCAUGGUUUGACUGGCGUGAUAUUAAGAAAGAAAUACCAUUCUUAUUUGAACAAUUUAUUGAAUUAAAUCAAGAUCCUUUAUCUAUUCUUCAUAACCUUGUUGAUAUUGUGUUGCCUGAAUUUGAGGAAGAACAAAGUUUAGAGCAAUAUCCUUUAUUAAAGGAAGAAACAAUUGUUCAACACUAUCAGGCUAUCAUGAAUCAAAUAGUAAAAACACUGGAUUUACUUAAAAAUACUAAUCAGGAUUCUGAAAUUAUUCUAGUGCAAAAUGCUCAAAUUGUGAAAAUAUUCGAGAGAAUUACAAAUUAUGUUAAAACAAAGGAGCAUAAAUCGUUAUUUAGUAUUUUAUUGAAGACAGGCCGAGUAUUUAUUGAGCAAUUUACAAAAUAUUCUAUUCCUUAUUUUACAAAAAUAUUUAAAACACAUACGAAUGAAGUAGUUAAUAUUUUUAAAGAUUUUCAAUCCAGUACUCGUAUGCUACAGAUUAUUUGUUCUCAUGUCAAAGUAUUAAAAGAAGUACAAUUAGCUUCCUAUGUACCACCCUUAAAGAAAGCUCUAGAAAUUGUUAUUUAUCAAGUCAAAAUGCUAUUAACUGAAAAUCGUAUACCUUCGUCUGCAUUUUUUAUGGGUGCAUUGAAACAUAGAGACAUUAAUGGGGUUGAAAUAUCAUCUCAGGUAAAAUUUUGAAAUUUGUGUAACACAAAUAGAAGGUAUAAUUUUGCAGUUUCUUUUUUUAGAUUCCGCGUGAGGCCUAUUAUGAUGAAGAUAACAAUGAAGUGGAGGAAGAAAGGAAUGAAACCCCAAUGUUAUUAGCUGAAGAUAAUCAUCAAAUCCCAGCUAAUAAAAAAAAGCAUGCUGAAAAAGGUCUGAAACAAAAAA